AUGGCCGUAUCCAACUGGAACAAUGAGGUUUAUGGAGCCCACUUCUAUCAAGGGUUAUCGAGCAGACUCAAAGAUGACCUAGUUUCCAGGGAUCUCCCAGAGCAAUUGGAAGACCUGAUUGCCCUCGCCAUCAAGAUUACAUCCCUCAAGAUUAAACACAACCCAUUUGCUAAAGCUUUCCUUGAUGCCAAAGAAAGGAGUGAUCAUAAGGAUUUUAUCGAUGAUACAGAAAACGGUCAGCAAUCUGGUUACUCACAGUUGGGCAACUGGCUGAUUCCUGGGACUGGUUCCCUCUGCUCUCCUACUAAUCAUCAUUCUCAGUUUGGUGGGCCACUGUCAAUACCAUCAUCACAUGGGUGUGAGAGAUAUACUACUUUAAGAAACCACAGAUCCUCACCUUACCCCAGCCCAUAUACCCACAGGAACAAUUCUCCUCCAAGCUACACUGAAAACUCAUCUGCAUGUCUGCCAGUGUUUCAGUCAAAUGACCACUGGCCUGGUUUACAGAUGCAAACUCAUCCAAGCAUGCUGUCAAUAAAUCACACCAAUGGAAGCUCAUCCAACUCUUGUCAGUAUCCAAGUUUAUGGUCAGUAAGCAACAGUACAAUCGCCCCAUUGCCUCAAACAGGAUCAGUUGCUAAUGGACUUGGAUCACAGUAUCUUCGGAGCUCAACUUCUCUUUAUGCACCAUACAAUCAGAUAGUCCCUUCCCCCACCAUGGAAUCACCCAUAUAUGAAGGUACUUCCACCGAAAUUGAAGAAAACCAAUAUGACGUCUCAGCACAUGACAGACUUGCACCUUCUUGGACAUCUGUGACACCACCCUCAUUAUAGGACAGAAACUUGUUUCUAUUGACAUUUGGCCUCUGAAAACAUGAAUGCAGCUUAUUUUGCAAAUUGAAACUCUUAUCAAGAAGACAUCAAGAACUGAGAAAUCUUAGUUGAUGAUACUGUACAGAAAAUGUUUUGUCCACCAGUAGAUCCUAUUCUUUAAAUUCUCAGUGCUCUUUUAUUCAUGAUAAAUGUACCAUAUUUACAUAUGAAAUAUCACCUUCAUUUUAAUACAGCACCAUAAUGUAUUAGUUUUUUUAAUUUUUUUCACAUCAGUGUUCAUUACAUUUCAUAUGAGCAAUGCAUGCCAUCAUUUUCAAAAACACUUUCAUGUUUUUAUAUUGAUUUUAUAUGUGUUUUUAAUUGUUUUAAUAUAUUAUCUGCUUUUAGUUCAGUAAUGUAAAUAAUGAAAUUAAAAGGAGACAAUUAUCAUAGGUAUUGAAAUAAAGUUAAUGAAAAUUUUAAAAUGUAACAUAUGAAUGAUACCUACUAGCUACUAGUAAAUUACUAGCCAGUUUUCCGAUUUGGACUAUUUAUAGACUUAUUUAAUUAUACCAACGGAAAGCAUAUCAAGCUGUCAAACUUUGAUCCAAUGCUAGAAAUUGUCUGGGUGAGGAUGAGGAGAUGUGUCUAUGCAAGCAGUUGGAUAAACAAAAAUCUCAACAGCUUUGCUUAAGAACUAUUCCUUUUGCAAACAUGUAUAAUACUCAAGGCUGCCAUCAGGGGGGCACAGGGGUCACAGUUGUCCUGGGCCCACGGAUUUUUGUGUGUUAGGGGGGACCGGCCGUGCUUCACUUACUUGAUAAGCUGGGCCCCCCUGCUGUCAGCCUGCUGGAAAGUUUAGAAGAGAGGACGGGAGCUCCGGUGUACCCUGAUUGGUUGUUUAAUUUGAAGUACCAGUAAAGCUGUACAGGGAUUGGACAAUCUAGCCUAUCCAAUCCCAAUGCAGCUUCACCGGGACUUAACUUAAUUGACCAAUGAGGAUCCAGAGAACUGAAUAGGACGGAAAGAAUGCUGGCACCGGAGCUCCCAAUAUCUCUUUUAAACUUUACAGCAAGUUGACAACAGGGGGCCCGGCUAAUCAAGUAAGUAAGCAUGGCCGGGCCCCCCCUUAAGAGCCAAACUUAUGGGGGACCCUGGCAAGCAAUUUUGGGCGGGCUGACCACCAUUUUUUUAACUUAAAGAGCGUGCACAUGCGCAUAGUGCAAGUGCAAUGACACUGAGAAAUAACAGCGGCAGUCGGGGAGAGAGGGGCCUGGACAUGGGUAUGUGUGCGUGCUCAUAUGUACCCAUGUUUCCUCUCCUAGCAAUACCUGAAAAUGGAUAUAGAAAUAUACUAUGUAAUGGAGGAGAUAUGUGUUUCCUUAAUAUCUGGGUUAGCCUUAAUAUUUUUUACCUUAAUAAUUGGAAUAGCAACGUUUUAAGUUAAGCAAAGCUACACUUGUUAUCCCCCACAUUACCGCCUCCCCCCCACACAUAUCUAUGCACCAGUCAGUAUUGGUUUUACCAGCCUUGUGUUGUUGAACAUAUAAUGGGUUUAUAAGUUUCUUCUUUAUGGCCUGGGUAUCAUUUUACUCUCCCACCCCACAUGAAUAUGUCAGAUUAUACCACUCUAUUUACUGAAAUAUGACCGUCUUUGGUGUCAUGAUCCUAAAGUUUAACUUUGGGGUUCUGGCUCAAAGAACAAACUCCCUGUGGGAAAGUUGCAUCAGGUCUUGGGCAUCGUCUUUUAUCAUGGACUGGCUGCAGGGCGGUAGAUUAUACCACUCUACUUACUGUAAUAUGACCUUCUUUGGUGUCAUGAUCCUAAAGUUUAAGUUUGGGGGUCUGGCUCAAAGAACAAACUCCCUGUGGGAAAGUUGUAUCAGGUCUUGGGCAUCGUCUUUUGGUCAUGGACUGGCUGCAGGGCAGUAGGGCGAAAGAGGUCCAUGUAAGACAGAGCUAUUUCCCACCACACAUUGUCCAUGUCCUUAAGCUGAUAAAGAGAUGGGGCAUUGGGGUGGCAGAGACCACAUUGACCCAGAGGAAACAAUUGUAUGCCAGGGUACUAUUAACCUACUUUUCUGUCCCGCUGGCCAUUGGCUGGAGGAGACAUUGAAAUAUUUAAACAGCAUGAGACUUCCUGUGAAGCUAUUUGAUAAUGCCUGGCUGUCACUGCAGGGCAAACUGUAGUCAAGAAUACUUUUUGGUGGGUUGUUCUGUAUCAUAUAGUUUAUAUGAGGGUGUGCUGAAGGUGUUGGGUAUUUAUAAUAUAUGUAUUAAGGAUUACACUGAGAGAGCCUACGGAAUCAUUCACAGAAACCACCGUCAUAACAGAGAGACAGUGUAUAUUAUUUUGUCUGUGAUGCGGUAUCACCUCUGGUGUAUGAGAUGCAAGAAAACUAUCUGGAGAGAGAAUGAGUCAAUAUACCUUACAAUAAACAAAAUUGUAAGGGAAAUAAGUUUUAUUAAGAUAAAUGAGAUCCAAAUGUAAAGUGGGAAUGAGAAAUAUUGGAUGAACUUGGAUUCCUCUUGGACUCAUUAUUUUACAUUCUCUUUGUAAAUAAUGUAAAUAUUGCCAUAUUGUAUUAUUCUGAUAUGUAAUGAUUUUUUUUGUUUUGUAAAAGUUUUUAAAUUUUAAUAAAAAUCCCUAUUUACUGUAA